GCAGCAGCGGCCGCCUCCGCGAUCGCAAACCCGGAAGACGCGCUCCAGCCGCUGGGAGUGUGCACCGGCCCGGCCCGGCCAUGCAGCCCCUGGAGGCAGGUCUGGUUCCCGCUCCGGCGAGGGAGCCAAGACUGACCCUUUGGCUGCGGACAGGCAGUGGGAUCUUGGCGCACCUAGUGGCUUUGGGUUUCACCAUCUUCCUGACUGUGUUGUCCCGGCCAGGAACCAGUCUUUUCUCCUGGCACCCUGUAUUCAUGGCCUUGGCGGCCUUCACGCUGGGCCUGAGGCUCACUGGCCCUCUCCUGUGUUCACAGUUCUGCCUCUGCAUGGCUGAGGCCAUCCUACUCUUCUCGCCUGAACACUCCCUGUUCUUCUUCUGCUCCCGCAAGGCCCGGAUCCGGCUCCACUGGGCAGGGCAGACCCUGGCCAUCCUCUGUGCAGCCCUGGGCCUGGGCUUCAUCAUCUUCAGCAGGACCCGCAGUGAGCUGCCCCACCUGGUGUCCUGGCACAGCUGGGUAGGGGCUUUGACACUGCUGGCCACUAGUGGUCAGGCACUGUGUGGGUUCUGCCUCCUCUGUCCUCGAGCAGCCAGGGUCUCAAGAGUGGCUCGCCUCAAGCUCUACCAUCUGACUUGUGGACUGGUAGUCUAUCUGCUGGCUACAGUAACGGUGCUCCUGGGCAUGUACUCAGUGUGGUUCCAGGCCCAGAUCAAAGGCACAGCCUGGUACCUGUGCCUGGCCCUGCCCCUCUAUCCAGCCCUGGUGAUCAUGCACCAGAUCUCCAGCUCCUACUUGCCAAAGAAGAAAAUGGAAAUGUGAGCUCCUCCGAACUCUGAAUGUAGGUGGGACACUUGCCUUGGACCUAAAUGUUCCCUUUGAUGACCUUCAGGGGAUCCAUUUCAGAAGUAGUAGGGGUUUUAUACUUCUUAACUGGGCUAGCAACUGCAGAAACCCAAAGUGCUAUUUCUGAUGACGGCUCAGUGAGUCAAAGUGGGGAAGUAUACUGGGUGCCAGUGGAAGGUGGUGGGCAGGGCCGGGGGAGGCUUGAUCCUGAAGCCUCCACUCUUGAUGGGAGACAGAAGUUUUGGGUGGUGGUGGUGAGGGUGUUCACAGUCAUUUCUUGCCUGUGUGUCUGAUGGAGAAUUGGGUUCCAGUAACUUAUGAAUGACAACAGUGGUUUUGGCGGGAGUGGGGGGUCUUCGAGAAAGCAGUGUGGAGGGAGACCAUGGGUUACGGUUCUUAUAGAGUCUGUUGGGCAACCUUAGGCAAGUCACACAUCUCGGGACCAGUUUCCGCAUCUGUGUCAUGGGUGAGUGUUUCUAAACAAUCUCCAAUAUUCAGUGUCUGUCAGGUUGAUGCCACAAAAACACACUCCCCUCUCUGGACCGUGGUCUGGACCGCUAAGCAGACUCAGAUGUCAUUCCUAAAUUCAUUAUCCCGUUAUCCUUUGGAGGGACAGGUCUGCCCCCGUGGCCUUCCAGGAAUCUGCUGAUUGGGCUCCUGGACUAGGGCACAGGGGGUCAGGCACUGUGGAGAGAAGAGUCCUGGACAAGGCUCUCUUGAACUCCAAGACAGUUAAAAGCACUGAAGUCACUUUAAAGCUUUUGUAGGAGCGGAAGGGCAUUGGCUUCAGCAAGCCUCUGGCUCCUGGCUGGGCUUCUUAGCUCGGUUAAGAACAUUCUCCAGCCCACCUCAGAAUCUGGGCUUGAGGGCUGCAGGGCAUGGGUGAGUGCCUUUCCCUGCCAGGUGUUCUGAGUGGCACAGUUGUCCUGAACCUCUCAUAGCCCUUCCUAGGGCUCAGGUUCAUGACCUAGCACAUACCUUUGUGGAGGUAUUCCAAAGGUUUUAGAACAA